AUGCCUCAGAUCGCUGGACGAGAAGUCGGACCCAUCGGCUUCGGCCUCAUGGGCUUCACCUGGAGACCGAAUCCUUGCUCCCAGGAGCAGGCCUUCGCCGCCAUGCGAGCUGCCAUCAAGAAUGGCGCCACGUUCUGGAAUGGCGGCGAGUUCUACGGCACUCCCGAGUACAACAGCAUGACCCUGCUCAACGCCUACUUCAAGAAGUACCCCGAGGACGCCGAUAAGGUUGUCAUCAGCAUCAAGGGAGGCACCGUUCCCGGAACGCUCAGGGUCGACGGGUCCCCCGAAAACACCCGGCGAUCGGUCAACGACGUUCUCGGCCAGCUUAAGGGGUCCGUCAAGCUCGACAUGUUCGAAUUCGCCCGUCGUGAUCGCAAUGCGCCGUUUGAUGUGACCUUGGGUGUUCUUGAGAAUGAGUAUGUCAAGACGGGUAAGGUCGGUGGCAUCUCGUUGUCCGAGGUCUCUGCGGAGACCAUCCACGAGGCUGUCAAGAUUACGAGGAUUGUUGCUGUCGAGGUCGAGUUGAGUCUUUGGGCUACGGAGGCCUUGGAGAAUGGUGUCGCCGAGGCAUGCGCCAAGUACAACAUCCCGCUCGUUGCUUACAGUCCUCUCGGACGCGGCAUACUUACGGGCCAGAUCAAGUCCAUUGACGAUAUUCCCGAGGGAGAUUUCCGCCGCUUCUUCCCUCGCUUCCAGCCUGAUACGUUCCCCAUCAACCUAGAGCUCGUGAGGCAGAUCGAAGCGCUUGCCGCUAAGAAGAACUGCACUCCGUCUCAGCUGGCUAUCGGUUGGUGCAUCGCCCUGUCGCGCCGGCCGAACAUGCCCACCAUCAUCCCCAUCCCCGGCGCGACGACCGAGGAGAGGGUCAACGAGAACUCCAAGCUUGUGGAGCUUACGGAUGAGGAGAUGGCUGAGAUUGAUGCUGUCCUUGCUAAGUUUGAGGUUGCUGGAGGCCGCUAUCCCGAUGGUGACCCCGUGCACACUUAA